AAUAAAACAUUGUGAAGAUGGACCACAGUGAAGACCUUCCUAUAAAAACAAUAAAACCUUCUCCUUCUCUUGAUUUCAUGGUGCAAUAACUUUCCUUCUCUCAACCAACAUCCAAAGAAGAAGAAGAAGAAGAAGAAGAAGAAACAACACAACUUGAAACAAAGACACAUAUAUAGAUAUGUUCUUAGAGUAUGAAUGGACUAAUCCUGCUGCAGCAGCCGCAGCAGCCAUGCUACUCUUCAGUGAAGAAAAUCAACAAGUUAUCAAUGAUCACAGGCAAGUUUAUAACCAUCAUUUUGGCCAUGAUCUCACCGGAGACUUCUUUUGCCAACCUACUACCAUACCAGCUCCACCACCAGCACCAGCACUGCCAACUUCAGGGCUCUUUCCGAUGGUAACCUCAUCUUCUUCAUCACUGCAUGGUCUUGCUCUUCCACCAGCACCAACAAGAUUAGGGUUGAAUCUUGGAGUGAGAACUUACUUCUCUUCUGAAGAAGGGAUGAUGGUAACUGGUAGAGUCUCUCGCCGGAGACCUCGAAUGGUCCGAUGUCAAGCCGAAGGCUGUGGUACCGAUCUAACUCAUGCUAAACACUAUCACCGUCGUCAUAAGGUUUGUGAGUUUCAUUCUAAAGCUUCCAUUGUUAUCACCGCCGGACUUUCUCAGAGAUUUUGCCAGCAAUGUAGCAGAUUUCAUGUGUUGUCAGAGUUUGAUCAAGGGAAGAGAAGUUGUAGAAAAAGACUAGCUGAACAUAAUCGUCGGAGAAGGAAAUCACAUGAUCUAAUAACUUCACCGGCCGGUGAGAAAACUCCGGUGAUGGUGACCGAAAAAGUCUUGUUCACAACUAGUGAUAACAAAACCAAUGAUCAUGUCCUUUCACUUCCUCCUCCUCCUCCUCCUCUUCCUCCUCAAGAAGAAACUAAUGGAGCACCAAUGGUGUUAGGGUUAGGGUUUAACUCUAAUGAGAGUGGUGAUUUGAUGGUGGUUCCGGCACCGGCAGGGCUCUCUGGCUCAUCGUCGACAGGGACGUCACCGUGUCGAUUUCCGGUGCAGCUCGGAGACUUCGGUGAGCAUGAAAAUCAUAAUCAUUUUCCAAACUGGGAUGAUGGUGAGGAUGGAAGUAGUAUUAGAGCUCUCUUUUCAUAAUUAGUGUGGUAAUAUAAUGCUUAUGUUUAAUUUUGUGUUGCUUUUGUUUACUUUUAGUUUAAUAAACUUGAGAAGGAGAUUAAAGUCUCUUUUUCUUUCUUAAGUUUUUAUCC